AUGAAACUCUUAGCAAUUACACUGCUCAUAACUGCAGCUUUAGCGAAGCCACAAGGAUACAGGCUGCCACCGCAAUUAGAGAAUGGAUUCUCCUCUGGUUUUACCAGUGGCCCCGAAAUACAGGGAGGAAACGAUUUUACAAGUGGUAUUGUUGGCGCAUCUUCGCAUGAAUCUUCAUCCGGUGCUGGAUAUCAUGGGGGUUCUGGAGGUCCUUCCGGUGCCUGUCGUGAGGGAGAGAUCCUACAUGUAGACGGAUCUUGCGUUGUUCCUAAAAUUACAAGAAAAAUCUAUGUGUUCAGCGCUCCUGACGAGCCUCAGCAACCAGUCGGUCCGCCACCAAGCGUGCCACCACCGAGAGUGGAAGAAAAUAUCGUGUUCGUUCGUGUUCCAGAAGCAGGACCAGCACCUGAUCCCAUCAUCCUUCCGCCACCACGCCAAGAGCAGAUCGUGUACAUCCUCAGCAAGAACGAUGGAGGAGGAGGCCAGCGAGUGAUCGAGGUCACCGCUCCUCCACCUUCUGACCCUGAAGUUUAUUUCGUCAACUACCAAGAAGGAGAAAAUCCAACUCUUCCUAUUGGUGUUGAUCUUGAGACUGCCCUCAGUGUCGUCGCCAAUGGAGGGAGUCAGACCAUCGGAGGAACAAGUGGUUUAGGGGCAGAUGGCUUUGGAGGAGAUGUUGGCUUUGGAGUAAGUGGCUUUGGGGGAGAUGCAGGAUUUGGCGGCAGUGGAGUAGGCACCUUUGGAGAUGUAGGAUUUGGCGACAGCGGAGUAAGUGGCUUUGGGGGAGAUGCAGGAUUUGGCGGCAGUGGAGUAGGCACCUUUGGAGAUGUAGGAUUUGGCGACAGCGGAGUAAGUGGCUUUGGGGGAGAUGCAGGAUUUGGCGGCAGUGGAGUAGGCACCUUUGGAGUGGCUUUGGGGGAGAUGCAGGAUUUGGCGGCAGUGGACGGAGUAAGUGGCUUUGGGGGAGAUGCAGGAUUUGGCGGCAGUGGAGUAGGCACCUUUGGAGAUGUAGGAUUUGGCGACAGCGGAGUAAGUGGCUUUGGGGGAGAUGCAGGAUUUGGCGGCAGUGGAGUAGGCACCUUUGGAGAUGUAGGAUUUGGCGACAGCGGAGUAAGUGGCUUUGGGGGAGAUGCAGGAUUUGGCGGCAGUGGAGUAGGCACCUUUGGGGGUGUAGGAUUUGGCGACAGCGGAGUAAGUGGCUUUGGAGGAGAUGCAGGAUUUGGCGGCAGUGGAGUAGGCACCUUUGGAGAUGUAGGAUUUGGCGACAGCGGAGUAAGUGGCUUUGGGGGAGAUGCAGGAUUUGGCGAAAGUGGAGCAGGUGGCUUUGGAGGAGAUUUAAGAUUUGGCGGAAGUGGAGGAGGUGGUUUUGGAGAAGGAGGAUUUGAUGGUAGUGGAAUAAGUAGUUUAGGAGGAGAUGGAGGAUUUGGCAAUAACGGAGAUGAAGGGAGAUGA